AUCCUAAAGAUGGUGACAAAAAACAGUAGAGUUUUAAAUUUCUUCAUGCUUGUGCUGUUGAUUUUAAUAUCAACAAAAGAUGCUGCACCAAUUGAGGAGAGGAAUUCAAAAGGUUUAUCCGAGGAAAACAUAGGAUUACAUUCAUUGGAAGAUUUUGCAUCAAGUAGCACUGACGAAAGCGAUGAAGAUGAUGAGGUGUUUGAUGAGAAACCCACACAGCAAGUGAUUGAUCUUGGAAAACUUCUCAAACAGAAGAAAAAUGUUAUUGGUGGAAAAUUAAAAUGUGACGAAAAUGGAUGUCGUAAUGCUUGGAGUAGCGAAGAAGACGGGAGAGACAGCAAUGAAAGUCUAUGAAACUUUAACUUCAUUCGAAAGUAGAACAGAAUAAAUUUAUAACUUCUCAAAGUGUCUAAUAAAACUUUGUUUUACAACAAAAUAA